AUGGCAAUGGCAAGUAACAAGACACAAUGUUUUACAUGUAAUAAAGACAAAAUAACAUAUUCUUGUGAAGGAUGUUCAAAAAGAUUUUGUUUUACGGAUUUAGCAGAACAUAAACAAAUAUUAAAUAAUGAAUUAAAUCAUAUUAUUAAUAAUUAUGAUGAAUUUAAACAAAGAAUUAAUGAACAAAAACAAAAUCCACAAAAUCAUUCAUUAAUAAAGCAAAUUAAUCAAUGGGAAAUAAAUUCAAUUCAAAAAAUUCAAAAAAAAGCAGAAGAUUGUAGAAAAAUUGUUAUUGAAUCUUUACGAACAUUCCUUUAUGAUACUGAAAAAAAAUUUAAUAAUUUAUCUGAACAAAUAAAACAUAUUCAUGCCGAAAAUGAAUUUAAUGAAAUUAAUUUAAAUUAUUUAAGAAAUCAAUUGAUGGAAAUUACACAAGAAUUAAAUUAUCCAUCAAAUAUUUCUAUUCAACAAGAUUCACAACCGUUCAUUAAUGAAAUUUCAAUUAUUUCAUCGAUAAAAUCAAAAUUCAAUAAAUGGAAACAAAAUGCCAUCACUGUGGCUGGUGGAAAUAGACAAGGACAAGGACAAAAGUUAAAUCAACUCCUUACGCCUGUUGGAAUCUUCAUUGAUAAAAACAAAAAUAUUUUCAUUGCUGAUUCUGGGAAUAAUCGUAUAGUUGAAUGGAAAUAUAAUGCAAAGCAAGGACAAAUCGUUGCAGGUGGAAAUGGGGAAGGAAAUCGAGUGGAUCAAUUGAAUGAUCCGAAAGAUAAGAAUGAAGUGAGACGAUGGAAAAUGGGAGAAUAUAAUAAUGAAGGAGUUGUAGUGGCAGGUGGAAAUGGAAAAGGAAAUCAACUCAAUCAACUCAGUUAUCCUACUUGUAUCUUUGUUGAUGAAGAUCAAUCUGUUUAUAUAUCAGAUAGAGAGAAUCAUCGUGUAAUGAAAUGGAGAAAAGAUGCAAAUCAAGGAAGAAUUGUGGGUGGAGAAAAUGGUAAAGGAAAAAAUCUCAAUCAAUUGUCUUAUCCUCAAGGAAUCAUUGUUGAUCAUUUGGGUCAAAUCUAUGUGGCAGAUUGUCGGAAUGAUCGAGUAAUGCGUUGGCGUGAAGGAGAUAAAGAAGGUGAAAUUGUUGCUGGUGGAAAUGGUAAAGGCAGUCAGUCAAAUCAAUUGAAUUUACCCAUAGGUUUAUCGUUUGAUAAUGAAGAAAAUCUUUAUGUUGCUGAUUAUUCGAACAAUCGAAUUCAAAAGUUUGAAAUAAUUUAG